AUGAAGAAUGGCAAACGAGCCCGUACCAAUGUCAGGCAGUCCAAGUUUGGUUGUUUCAAGUGCAACCAGAUGCCAUUGGUGUUUAAGAAACUUGACCUCCAUAUCGCGACCUUCUCCUUCGGUAGGUCGCCAGGUCUUCCACUUUCGAUCAGCAACUCGCCUGGCAUCUUUACUUCAACGCCAUUGGAUGAGGUGUUCUUUAACAUCCUACAUUGCUGCUAUCACUUUAUCUCAACCGCGGUUGAGUAUAGAUACGUCAACCACCGAUUUAUCCCACGGGCUUUACUCAUCGAGCAAGGCCGCCACCUAGCUACUUUGCGGCAAUGGCUUUCCCUAUCACAACCACCAUCUUCGCCCCUCUCUUCCCACCCCAACGAGAACGAGCACACUCUGGUUCUUCGGGCUCAAUGCCUGGCAGCAUUCAUCUACACUGGAACCAUCCUUGAGCCAUACGAGGCAGGCUACGAUAACUACAGUCACUGCUUCCAAGAAAUUCUCAUCUUGGCUGAACAAGUCCUCCGCCAAUCCGGAUACGAUAGUCCCAACGAUCUUUCUCGGAAUGCUUUGGAGCCUUUUACGCCCGAGAUGGGCAUCAUUCAUCCUAUUUUUCUGACGGGGCUGAAGUACCGGCACCCUUUUUGGCGUCGAAAGGCUAUUGACCUCCUGCGACGAAGCGGAAGGGAAGGCCCAUGGUGUGGAGCAACGGAAGCCUCGGUUCUCACAACUGUAGUAAAGGCAGAGGAAAGGCUGGUCAAUGACCCCCUAUGCGGCUCGCUUCCUAUUGAAAACUCUUCACUAGAUGGAACGUGGAGCAUUCCGGAAGGGAAGAGAAUUCAUACAUGUUGGGUGGUUCGCUUCCUGGACCAAAAGCUCCAGCACAACAAGAAGGAGCGCACAAAUCAGCAGAGCAGCUAUCAGGUUGCCGAGGUUCGAUUGACCAAAUGCAAAGAUAUUGGUGGCAUGUUGCGAGCGGGGGAAUCAGAGACCAGUCAGGAUGCAUGGCGAGAUCCUUCGCACUGGCACUCGUGGAUAGAGCAUGCGCUAGUACCGGAGACACUGGCUGGGCUCCCCGGUCUCGGAUAA